CGGGUCCCAACAGCUAUGCUCUUACUCAAAUCCAUCCGAUAACAUCAGGAUCGGUCGAUCGUGCCCCCCGAAGGGGUCCGACCUACGUUCACUUUCAUUACGCGUACGGGUUUUACACCCAAACACUCGCAUAGACGUUAGACUCCUUGGUCCAUGUUUCAAGACGGGCGGUAUUGCGCCGUUGUGCCAGCAUCCGAGACAGAAGCCGCAGUCCUCGGUCCCCGCACGCGGUAUCUGGCGCCGGCUAUAACACUCCGAAGAGCCACUUUCCGGCACCCAUUCUCCCGCAGCAAGAACCGAUGCUGGCCCAGAGAGCCCAAUACCCUUCCUUUCAACAAUUUCACGUG